AUGGGGCAACUGAGCAGCCACAUGACAGAGCUUUUCCGCAUUGCCGGUUCCGAGCACGCAUCUAUUGAUUUCGAAGAAUCAGCUGGAAAGGAAUCUGAAUUUGUCGUAGCGUCGGGGAAUUUUGCUACUUCACGGCAUUCCAGACAUGUCCUCGACGUCUUCGGCCAGUCGCCGGCUGGCGCAGACAACCCGCUGCUGGCUAAGCGCGUCUACGUCCGCGGCAAUUGCUUCGAGUGGGCGUCGUGGUUCAGCGCCAACUCGCGCCAGGGCUACCACAGCGACUUCCAGUAUGCCAAAGCCAUCUUCAAGGGCUACGAACGCUGGAGUUGGAACUACAUCGGCCCAGUUCAACUGGGGAUGGGGCUCGAUCAAGCUCACGAUCCGCAACCAGGACCAGUGCCCUCGGGGCUACUUCACCGGGACGACGGCCUGGACAUGACGGAUGACCUCUGGUACCACUUUUGCCAGAACCGCGGCCAGGGCUGGGGCUACAUGCACUGGAACCCCACGCUCGUGGCUAUGAUCUACUACGACGGCUACCCCAUGCCCGGCUUCCAGCCCGGAUGCAAUCACACCGAUCUGAAGACGCUGCUCAGGGCCAAGAUGGAAGCGGAGGAGGCGGCCGAGUAG